AAAUUGGCUGUGUAAAUCGAGAUCUGACCAGACCUCGAUGGCACCAGUAAGGCAGUAACUGAGCGCAGCAUCCCCUCUAAAGACUUAUCUGAUUUACCCUCCCUCUAAUAUGGCAAAAAGAAGGGGUAAGAGGACUCAAUCUACAUGUGGAAAACAAAACAAACUUCCAAUCAAUUUGGAACAGGAUUGCAUUAGCGUGCUGCCCGACGAAGUUCUAGUCCUCAUUCUUUCCCUACUGAGUAUUAAGGAAGCAGUAAGUACUUGCAUCUUGUCUAAAAGGUGGAAAAAUGUGUGGAAACAAAUUACUUGUCUCAACUUCUUUUUAGAUGAAUUAUCUAAAACAGAGAAGAUAAAAAUAGGAAGACAAGUAGUUGAAAUACCUAGGACAUACAACUGGGUGAAUCAAGUCUUGCAAUUGCAUCAGGGUCAAAUCUUAGAUGAGUUCAAACUUUGUUCUUCUUCAAUAGAUUGCGAUUCGACUUCUGAAAUCGACAGUUGGAUCGAAUUGGUAAUACAGAAGAAAGUACGAAAGUUUGCGAUAGAUCUGCAAGGAGAUAGAGGUGUAGCUCCGUAUUGUUCCCAUUAUACAUUUCCAGAGAAUCUAUUUCGAAACCCUUUUGGUGUUUCAUGGUUUUCCUGGCUUACACACCUUUCUUUGAACUAUGUGAAUAUAACUAGUGAACUAGUCGAGCACUUCAUAUCAAACUGCCAACUUCUCGAACACCUGUUUAUUGCUGGCUCGGAGUAUUUAGAAGAUUUGAAAGUUGUUGGUGAGUUGCUUCGGCUUAAGUUCCUUCAGAUAUGUGAUUGCCUUAACUUAUUUCAGCUUGAGAUAUCUGCUCCUUGUCUGGAAACAUUCUUUUAUGACGGAGAAUGUCGCUAUAACAUCAAUAUUCGUGUGACGUAUGCACCCUUGCUUGCUAAGAUAUCUAUAACAGAAGACUUGCUGUUUGACUCUACUACUGGAGAUUUUCAAUUGUUUUGGAAUUAUCUUCCUCAGUUAGUGACUCUCAGGUUGGUCCUAGAGAAAGAGCCAAAGUUGGUCCCUGAAUUUCCAGAAUUAACUAGUCUCGAGUUCUUAUCAUUGAGCAUUGCCAGAAUUAAUAGGCGAAGCCUUCUUCUUUUGACUUCUUUGAUCGAGGGAUCUCCUUACUUGCAUAGAUUUAAAUUUAGGUUGAGAAGGAGUUUGAUGGGAUGCAGGCAUCGGAGAAGCAAGGUAAUUAGUGAGGCGAAUACAAGUCCUCAUCAGUGCCUUAAGGUGGUCGAACUUUCUGGGUUCAGUGGGUCGAAACAUGAAACUGAGGUUGCCAGGUACUUAAUUAAGAAAGCUGUUGCGCUUAAAAAAUUAAUUAUCGAUCUGGACUCGAAGCGCAUUCUGGAGGAGAUCAACCCUUUACGUCCGCUGUCAACCAAAAUCAAAGAACUGGAGAUGGCAAGAAAGCAUGCUUUACAGCUUGAAAAAAAAUUACCCCUCGGAGGUGAGUUAAUUGUUUUAUAACUUUGUACUGUGUUUGUUGUUGUUGCUGUAAUAAAAAGCAAAAGCAAGAACUGAGAUCUAAACUUUGAACUGGUGAGGGAAGAAGUUAGAUCAAUAUUGCUGUUCUGUUGUACUAUUAGUGUUGUUCUGUUGUAUCAUCUCAAAAA